UAGAAGAAGAAGUAAAAGGAAAAGAGGCUGCGAUGAAAACAAACUAAAGCGAAGAUCACCUUUCAAAGUCUGAUUUUUGCCUUACUGCAACACAUUUUGCCUGAGUUUCAUCUGUAAUUUGAUCUUUUUGGGUCUUCUUUGCCUUCAGAGUGACAGAGAGCAGAUUUCAUAGCGAAUAUUAGCUUUACAGCCAUUAGCUGACAGGCUAGCUAAUUAGCUUCGCUACUUCGGGUGAGUCUUCUGACGUAGCUACAGUUUCAAAUAAUUUUAGAGGUAACUUCUACCUGCACCUUAAAAGCUAAAUCAUGUCGGAAGAUUAUGAAUUCAGCGAUGACACGGCCAUGAUGAGAAUGGAAGAAGAUGGCGAGGCAAACCGAGAUGACCCGAUGUCUGCGGCUGGGGACUGUGGCCCAAUGGGGGACGAGGCCGAGGGAUCAAGAAUCGACGCCAGCAAAAACGAGGAGGAUGAGGGGAAGAUGUUCGUAGGAGGUCUCAGUUGGGACACCACCAAGAAGGACCUAAAGGACUACUUUUCCAAGUUUGGAGAGGUUGUAGACUGCACGUUAAAACUGGACCCAAUGACUGGUCGUUCAAGGGGCUUUGGCUUCGUGCUUUUCAAAGAUCCUGAGAGUGUUGAAAAGGUUGCCUCGCAAAAGGAGCACAAACUGAAUGGAAAAGUCAUCGACCCCAAAAAAGCCAAGGCCAUGAAGAGCAAGGAGCCGGUGAAGAAGAUCUUUGUUGGCGGUCUCUCUCCAGACACGCCCGAGGAGAAAGUCAGAGAGUAUUUUGGUGCCUUUGGAGAGGUGGAGUCAAUCGAACUCCCCAUGGAGAACAAGACAAACAAACGAAGAGGCUUCUGCUUCAUCACAUUCAAAGAGGAGGAACCUGUGAAGCAGAUCAUGGAGAAAAAGUAUCACAAUAUCGGACUCAGCAAGUGUGAAAUAAAGGUGGCCAUGUCCAAGGAGCAGUAUCAGCAGCAGCAGUACUGGGGAGGACGAGGCGGAUACUCGUCCAGGUCUCGAGGAAGAGGCGGUGGUCCCAAUCAGAAUUGGAACCAGGGUUACGGCAACUACUGGAAUCAAGGCUAUGGAAAUUAUGGCAAUUAUGGUUACAGUAAUCAAGGCUAUGGAGGCUAUGGUGGCUAUGACUACCCUGGUUACAACAACUAUUAUGGAUAUGGUGACUACAACAAUCAAUCUGGUGGAUAUGGCAAGUCGCCACGGCGUGGUGGUCACACCAACAGUUACAAGCCGUAUUAAAGAGUGAAAACCUCUCCUUCAAGUAGCGGAGCUUCCUUGCAGGCCAUGAGCUGACUCCCAGAUACUCUCAGGGCCCGCUCAAUGCGGACCGGGUACGAGAAGCAUACGCUCUCGAAUGCUGCCAUUUGGUAUGGUCUUACAACAUCCUGUAUCAGCAUUUCUAAACUAAAAAUAUGGGACACUUCCAGCUUUGUCAUCUUUUUUCCUUUUUAAGUUGUUUGAAAGUGUUUUUGUAAUGUAAAACGUAAAAUAUAUACAUGUAAUUGUCAUUUUUUACAGGCCCUUACUCCCCCACAAGUAAUCUGUAAAUACAAUGAAUAAAAUUAACUAUUUGUUUUUUAAAGGAUACGUACAGCUUUCUCUGGACUUUCCAGUUGUUAAUAUAUGCAUUCCUAAUCUUAAUCUUAAACGCUUGUUUCUUUAUUUAGCUCUAGUAGCCAGUAGUCCAUGAGCUAAAACCUGGAUGCUACUGUGUUGGGGAUAAAGUGCUUCUAUUUGUGUACAUGUAUUGCUCUGUUUUGUGUUACUCACAGCGAUGGAAGAGACUCCUCUUUUAUUAAUUUUCUUCUGAUAACCUUCUUUGAUGUAAAACAAAGAAUUUCCAGUAAUUUGCAUGUAAUGCUUCCUUUAAAUGUGUAUAUUUUUUUGACCAAUCGAAGGUUUCUUCCAUUUAGUAUUUCGACUUCUUCAAUUUAUCGCACUUCAGGAAUUCUAGCUUAUGGACUAACUAAUAUUUUUAACUGUAAAAUAAUUGUUCUCAGUUUGCUUUUUCUUUUACAUUGGACAUAAUAAACACGGGGGAUUCCUAUAUUUUUUAUUUUAGUAUGAAACCUUGAUCUCAUUCCUUUGUAACUCAUUUGUUUUUGUUUGUUUUUCGCAGGUUUCAGAGCGAUAAAAGACAGCGUUGACCAGAGAGAUGAUGGUAUCCAGCAAAGAUCUUAAAGCUGAUUGUAAGAGAAUAAACGAGGAGCGCUUUGACCUACGAAACAUUUCCUCUAAACUUACCGGAGUAUUCGUUGUAUCUUUAAAUCUUUUUUGGGAUUUUUUGGUGUUUUGCAUUUAUUUAGACUCCAGUUUGCGUUCCUCAUCCCCUCUUGUUUUUGUAUUUAUUGUUCUUCUGCGCUUCUUGUGAAUUGCUUCAUUUUUUCCAUAACAGAAAUCAUAGAUUAAUUGGGAAAAAAAAUCACGCAUAUAUACAAUAUUGUGGUAGCAAAAUUGCUUUGUUGCAAAUUACCCCGUCAUCAGUCAUAUAAUACAUGUUAUUACAACGUUUGAAAACAUUCAGUAUAUAUACACAGGUAAUUAAACAAUAAGAAAGGCAACAAUAAAAAUAAUAAAACAC